AUGCGGCGGCUGCUGCUGCUGCUGCUGCUGCUGCUGCUGCUGGGCGGCUCGCUGGCCCUGCUGCGGCCGGCGGCGGAGCCCCUGUGCCCGGAGCCAUGCGACUGCCAGCAGCGGCAGCACCUCCUGUGCACCAACCGCGGGCUGCGGGCCGUGCCCAAGGCGCCGGAGCCGCGGGGCAUCCUCACCUACAGCCUGGGCGGGAACUUCAUCGCCAACAUCUCCGCCUUCGACUUCCACCGCCUGGGGGCGCUGCAGCGCCUGGACCUGCAGUACAACCGCAUCCGCGCGCUCCCCCCGCGGGCCUUCGCGCGCCUGGCGCGCCUGGAGGAGCUCUACCUGGGCAACAACCUGCUGGCCGCCCUGGCGCCGGGCACCCUCCGCCCCCUGGCCAAGCUGCGCAUCCUCUACGUCAACGCCAAUGAGAUCAGCGACCUGGGCGCGGCCUCCUUCGCCGGCCUGGGCAGCCUGGUCAAGCUGCGGCUGGACGGCAACGCCUUGGCCUCGCUGGGCGACGCCACCUUCGCGGGCCUGGCCAACCUGGUCUACUUGCACCUGGAGGCCAACCGCAUCCGCUGGCUGAGCCGCAGCGCUUUCUCCGGCCUGGGCAAACUGCGCUUCCUGGACUUGUCGGGCAACCGGCAGAACUUGCUGCGCCACCCGGACGCCUUUCGGCCCGUGCGCUCGCUCACCACCCUCCUUCUCUCCGGCAACGACCUGCAGCACUUGGCCAAGGGGCUCUUCCAGCACUUGCCCAAUUUGGCCAAGUUGUCGCUGAGCGGGAACCGCCUGGUGUGGUUGGCGCCAGAGGCCUUCGUGGGGCUGGGGGCCCUCAAGGAGUUGCGCUUGGAAGGCAACCUGCUGAGCCAGCUCCCUGCCGCUUUGCUGCACCCGCUGCGUAGCCUGGAAGUGCUCGACCUGAGCCACAACUCGCUUGUUAGCCUUCACCCCGACGCCUUUGCCCACCUGCACAAGCUGCGGGAGCUCAGCUUGCAGGAAAACGCUCUGACCACCGUGCCCGGGGACCUCUUUGCCUCCAGCCCAGCUCUCUACCGACUGGAACUGAAUGGGAAUUCCUGGAGCUGCGACUGCCGCCUGCGAGGCUUGAAGCGCUGGCUGGGCUCCUGGCACACCCAGGGACGCCUCCUGACCGUCUUCGUGCAGUGCCGCAAGCCGCUUGCCCUGGCUGGGAAAUAUCUCGAUUAUCUGGAGGAUUCCCAGCUCCUCCCUCCUCCCAAUGGCUCUUGUUCUGAAGCGGCUGCCUCUCCUUCCCCACUCCCUCGAGGCAACAUCAGCUACAGCCCCGGCCUAGUGCAGGAGAGGCUGAGCUCUUUGCCCUCCGCCUCAACCAUGCAGCUGGUCGGCUCCCAGAAGAUGUUGGUCCCCCUGCCAGAAAGAGGCGGCGGGGCGACUAACGCUAGCCCUACCAUCUCAACGUCCAGCUUGCUGCUCAGCACCAGGCCCCCUCCGCAGCCUGGUGGUGCUUGGCCCAGGCGGGCAGGGAAACCCCACUCGGUCUCUUCAGUGUCUGCCGUCCCUCCCCUGGUCACUGACCCGUGUGAUUUUAACAAGCUGUUUCUGUACAACCUGUCAGUGGAGGCAGUGAGCGCCAGCGCAGUCUCCGUACACUGGGGGGUCCGCCCGCACCGUAGCCCCCGGCUGCUGGGGCCUGUGCGCUUCAGAAUCCUUUUCGACCGCUUCGGGGCUGCCGUCAAGUUCCAGCGUUUUGUUUAUCUCCCUGAGUGGAGCGAGCCGAUGGCCACGCUCCAGGAGCUGCGCCCUGACACCCCUUACUUGGUCUGCGUGGAGGGCGUCAUCGGGGGCCGUGUCUGCCCAGUGGCGCCGCGGGACCAUUGCGCGGGCCUGGUCACCUUGCCUGAAGAGGAUGCGGGGGCGGCGGCGGCUGUGGCAGGCGGGGCCCGAGGCCCAGACCAGCAGCUUCUCACCCUGGUACUGCUGGCAGUGAAUGCGCUGCUGCUCUUUCUGGCCCUGGCGGCCUGGGCCUCCCGCCUGGUGCGGAAGAAGGUGCUGGGGUGCCGUCGGAGGAAGGCAGCGUCGCCGGUACACGUCAGGCAGAUGUACUCCACCCGUCGGCCUUUACGCUCCAUGGGCACUGGAGUCUCCAUGGACUUCUCUGGCUUCCAGUCCCACCGUCCUCCCCGCAGCACUGUCUGUGCCUUAAAUGAGGCUGACCUCAUUGAAUUCCCAUGCGAGCGCUUCCUGGACAGUGCUGUUGGCGGAGGUAGCAGCAGUGCCCGGCGGGGAGAGGAUCACCUGUUGCAGCGCUUUGCGGACUAA